GACUGUGCAUAUCGACAGCAGAGUCAGAUAUGAGUGGGACUCUGCUGUGGCUGGUGGCCUCUCUGGCCUUUGUCUCUCUGACUUCUCUGGCUGAUGGAGCUCCAAUGCAGGUGAUGACUGCCCCCAACUUGUUGCGAGUAGGAACAUCAGAAAAAAUCUUUGUGGAGUGCCAAGACUACACUGGAGCAGACAUCAGGGUUGAAAUCAUAGUGUGGAACCACCCAACUAAAGCUACAAGGCUGGCAUCCACAUCUGUAACACUUACCAGUACUAAUAAAUUCCAGGCGCUGGGACAAAUCACGAUCCCUGCCGGAGUCUUCAGUAAAGAUCCCAACAUAAAGCAGUAUGUGUACCUGCAAGCUCAGUUCCCCGACCGAACACUGGAGAAAGUUGUCUUGGUGUCUUUUCAGUCUGGGUACAUUUUCAUCCAGACUGACAAGACCCUCUACACCCCCAACAGCAUAGUUUAUUACAGGAUGUUUGGAGUGACGCCCAGUAUGGAGCCUGUAGAGAGGAAUGGCACAACCCAAAGUGAUAUUAUUGCCAUCGACAUUGUGACUCCUGAAAGCAUCAUUUUACCAAUUGAUCCAGUCUCUCUGAAAUCAGGGAUCCACUCUGGACAUUACCAACUCUCUGAAAUUGUCAGUCCUGGUCUGUGGAAAGUGGUGGCAAAGUUCUCCAGCAACCCACAACAGAGCUAUUCUGCAGACUUCGAGGUCAAAGAAUAUGUGCUUCCCAGUUUUGAGGUUAAACUGACACCCGUAAGCUCCUUCUUCUACGUGGACAGCCAAGAGCUCACCAUCAACAUCAAAGCAACAUAUCUUUUUGGUAAAGAGGUGGAUGGGACAGCCUUCGUGGUGUUUGGAGUUUACCAAGACAGUGACAAGAAAAGCUUUCCAAGUUCUCUUCAGAGAGUGCAGAUCAAGGAAGGUGUAGGAAUGGUCAAACUGAAGAGAGAGCAUAUCACAAAGACCUUUCCAAAUAUCCUCCAGCUGGUUGGGAGUUCAAUAUUUGCAGCUGUCAGUGUGCUGACAGAGAGCGGCGGUGAAAUGGUGGAGGCAGAGUUGAGAGGUAUCCAGAUUGUCACGUCACCUUACACCAUCCACUUCAAGAAAACACCCAAAUAUUUCAAACCAGGAAUGUCCUUUGAUGCUGUGGUUGAGGUUGUGAAUCCUGAUGGCACUCCGGCACAAGGUGUAGCAGUGGUGGUCGAUCCAGGCCAGGUGCAGGGCUUGACUGCACCCAAUGGCAUGGCACGGCUUACCAUCAAUACAGAAGCAGGAAACUCAAAAUUGAAAAUUUCUGCAAGGACCAAUGAUCCUCAUAUUUUAAAUGAAAGACAAGCAUCAGCCACCAUGGAAGCCCUCCCAUAUAUCACCAAUAGCAACAGCUACAUCCACAUAAGUGUGGAUACAGCAGAGCUGGAAGUAGACGAAAACCUGAAAAUCAACCUCGUCCUCAGCAAGCGGGAAAAUCAUGACAUCACAUACCUGAUCCUGAGCAGAGGUCAGCUGGUGAAAAAUGGCCGUUUUAAGACAAGAGGUCAGGUACUGAUUUCCCUGACUGUCACUGUUACCAAAGAAAUGCUGCCAUCUUUCCGCGUCAUAGCCUACUAUCAUACAGAUGCCAAUGAAGUGGUAUCAGACUCUGUUUGGGUGGAUGUCAAGGACUCCUGCAUGGGCUCGCUUAAGCUGGAAUCAUCAAGACCCGUUCCAUCCUUUGAGCCUCGCAAGAUGUUUGGUCUUAAGGUCACUGGAGACCCAGGGUCCAUAGUGGGACUGGUGGCUGUUGACAAAGGCGUCUAUGUCCUGAAUAACAAGCACCGUCUCACCCAGAAAAAGGUGUGGGACACUGUAGAGAAGUAUGACACAGGCUGCACACCUGGUGGAGGGAAGGAUGGUAUGAGUGUAUUUUAUGAUGCUGGGCUGUUGUUUGAGUCCAGCACGGCUUCUGGGACUCCCUACAGACAAGAAUUGAAGUGUCCGUCCCCCAGCAGGAGAAAACGGUCCACUACUAUAAUGGAAGUCACAACCAGUUUAUUGAGUCAGUAUAAAGACCAACUGCAACGUGAUUGUUGUUUGGAUGGCAUGAGGGAAACCCGCCUCUCAUACACCUGUGACAUACGUGCAGAGUACAUUGAUGAAGACGCAACCUGUGUCGAGGCUUUCCUGCACUGCUGCAAGGAGAUGGAAAGCCAGCGAGCUGAAAGGAAGGAGGAUAGCCUCCUGCUGGCCCGCAGUGAGGAGGAUGAAAGCAGUUACAUGGACAGCAAUGAAAUCGUGUCUCGCACCAAGUUCCCUGAAAGUUGGCUUUGGUCAGAUAUCACACUGCCUGCUUGUCCUGCAGAAAAACCUAACUGUGGAACCACGUCAUUGACGAAAAACGUUCCUUUGCAAGACUCAAUCACAACCUGGCAGUUUACUGGCAUUAGUCUGUCAAGAACGAACGGAAUCUGUGUUGGUGAGCCAUUAGAAGUAAUUGUCCGGAAGGAGUUCUUCAUUGAUCUCAGGGUGCCGUACUCUGCUGUCCGUGGAGAGCAGCUGGAAGUUAAGGCAAUCCUCCACAACUACAGCCCAGAUCCUGUCACUGUACGUGUGGAUCUGAUCGAGAAGGAGCACGUGUGCAGUUCAGCCUCUAAACGUGGAAAGUAUCGUCAGGAAGUGAACAUCGGACCCCAAACUCAACGAUCUGUACCCUUCAUCAUUAUUCCCAUGAAACAUGGAGAGUACCCCAUUGAGGUCAAAGCAGCUGUUAAAGAUUCGUCACUCAACGAUGGAAUUAUGAAAAUGCUGCGGGUGGUGCCUGUAGGUGUACUGGUUAAAGAUCCUCAGAUUGUAACUCUAGACCCCACUAAAAAAGGUGUGGGUGGUAAGCAGGAAGAAAUUCUCAACAGUAGAAUUCCUAGGAAAGAUCUGGCUCCAAACACACCAACAAGCACACAGAUCUCUGUGACAGGAAGAGAACAAGUUUCUGCGCUGGUUGAGAACGCCAUUAGUGGGAACUCUAUGGGGAGUUUGAUCGUAAAGCCCUGGGGCUGUGGAGAGCAAAACAUUGCCGCCACAACUCUGCCAGUCAUUGCAACCACAUAUUUGGAUAAAACCAACCAGUGGGAAACUGUGGGCUUUCAGAAACGUGAUGAAGCCCUUGAACACAUCAAGACAGGUUACCAGAGGGAGCUUGUCUAUCGUAAAACGGAUGGGUCUUUUGCUGUGUUUACUAGUGCAAAAAGUAGCACCUGGCUGACAGCUUAUGUUGCCAAGGUGUUUGCCAUGGCCAGCAGUCUGGUUCCGGUGCAACGGCAACACAUCUGUGAUGCCAUCAAGUUUCUGAUUCUCAACACGCAGCAACCUGACGGCUCAUUUAUAGAAGUUGGAUAUGUGUACAGUAAUGCAUUGCGUGGUGAUGUGGGAGGCGCAGAUUCAGAUGCCUCCAUGACAGCCUUCUGCCUCAUUGCCAUGCAGGAGUCACGCUCACUAUGUCAGGAUGCUGUUAUUAGUCUGCAUAGCAGUAUAGACAAUGCAGUGGCUUACCUGGAGAGGCGUCUGCCCCAUCUCACCUACUCAUAUGCUGUUGCCAUGACAUCAUACGCCCUGGCCAAUGAAAACAAAAUGAAUCGCGAGAUCCUCUUUAAGUUCAUAUCCCCAGAGUUGUCCCACUGGCCAGUAUCUAAGGGACACAUUUAUUCACUGGAGGCCACAGCUUACGCUCUUCUGGCUCUGGUCAAGGUUGAGGCCUUUGAAGAUGCCGGACUAGUUGUCAGAUGGUUCAACCAACAGCAGAAGUCCUACGGCGGCUAUGGAUCAACUCAGGCCACUAUAAUAGUGUACCAGGCCGUCGCAGAGUACUGGGCCAAUGCUAAAGAACCAGAGUAUGAUCUGGACGUGGACAUUUUGAUGCCAGGCAGGUCAAGUCCUACCAAGUACAAGUUUAAUAGGGACAACCAGUACGCUACCAGAACAUCUAAAAUCAAUAAUAUAAAUGAAGAUGUGAAAGUAACUGCCACUGGCACAGGAGAAGCAACUGUGAAAAUGGUGUCGCUGUAUUAUGCUCUUCCCAAAGAGAAAAAAAGUGACUGUCAGAAAUUUAACCUGUCAGUGCAGCUCCUCCCAGAGAAAAUGGAUGAGGACGAGAACACAUACAAGCUGAGAAUAGAUGUUUUGUAUAAGGACAAGGACCAUGAUGCAUCCAUGUCAAUCUUGGAUAUUGGGUUGCUAACUGGCUUCACUGCUAACACAAAUGACCUGAACUUGUUGGCCAAAGGCCGUGCCCGCACUAUUGCAAAAUAUGAGAUGAACAAAGUCCUGUCAGAAAGAGGCUCACUCAUCAUCUACCUGGACAAGGUUUCUCACAGACGAAUGGAGGAGAUCAGUUUUAGGAUCCAUCAGAAACUAAAAGUGGGAGUCUUACAACCAGCUGCUGUGUCUGUCUAUGAGUACUAUGACCAAAAACAUUGUGUGAAAUUUUACCACCCGGAGAGAAACGCUGGACAGCUAAUGCGGCUUUGUAGAAAUGAUGAAUGCACAUGUGCUGAAGAGAACUGCAGUAUGCAGAAAAAGGAAGAGGUCACCAAUGAUCAGCGAACAACUAAGACUUGUGAGAGUACACCAACCACCAAAAUUGAUUUUGUGUACAAAGUAAGACUGGAAAAAUUUACAGACAGUUUGUCCACUGACAUUUACACAGUGCGGAUACUGGAAGUUGUCAAAGAAGGAAGUUAUGAUGUGGGUCCUUUGGAUAAACUGCGGACAUUCCUCAGUUAUCCACACUGCAGGGAGUCUUUAGACUUGGCAGAGGGUAAAACCUACCUUAUCAUGGGCACAUCCAAAGAUAUUCACAGAGAUGACCAAGAUCAAACGUAUCAGUAUGUACUUGGAGAGAGAACUUGGAUCGAGUACUGGCCCACAGAUGCAGAGUGUCAAACUGAUGAACACAGACCUACCUGUUUGGGCAUGGAGGAGAUGGUCCAGCAGUACCAAUUCUUUGGAUGUCAGCAGAAGUGAAACUUGAGGAAAUAAUCUUCUGAUGGUUGUGAAAUUAAUGGCUGUUUCUAAAGUAAAUCACUACAUUGUAACAUAAUCAUCAGAAGGCUUUGUCUGAGGCAACAUGCACCUUCAGGAUCCUGUAUGAUCAGAGCAGCAGUCUAGCUAAAGAAUAACUCACUGUAACAUAAAUGUGACUUAAUUACAGCUGCACACAACUGUCAACUUUGUGAGGGCAUUGACAAGAUAGUCCUGCAGUUUGCAUUCUUUAGAUUUCAGCAGAAGUGAAACUUAAGGAUUAAAUCUUUUUUUCAAAGUGUUUUUAUUUUUGCUUUAUUGUGUUAAACUUUCAAUUGUAAUGGUCUUAAUCUCAAUGUCUGUGUUAAACAAAGAGUGUUCACUGCUAUUUAUAUUACUUCAUAAUACGUUAUGGUAGGUUCAAUUAGAAGUAAAAGUUUAAUAAAGUUUAGUAAUGUUGAACUCAUGUGAUGCAUAAAGUUCAACAAUGACAACUUUUACAUGCAGAAAAUAUUUUGUUUGUUACCUUUAUUCCAAAAGACAAUAUUGCUAUGAAGCUGUUUGCAUGGUUACUAAAAAAUGAAUAAUCCAUUAAUAUUACCAUUUACAUGCAGCUGUGCAUAUUCUGGAUAAUGUGCCUAUAUUUUAAUCAUGUCAAAAUAAAUAAAAGUAGGACUGCUGGA